AUGCCUUUUUUACUUUACAUAUCUUAUUUGGUAGGCCAAAAGCACCUCUUGAAAAGUAUUGUUAGGCGAAAGCCGGCUCACGGUCAUAAUCAUCAACCUGAAGUCCAUAGUUCUUCUGUUGGUGCAUGUGUUGAGGUGGGGAAGUUUGGGCUUGAGGAAGAGGUUGAAAGACUUAAGCGAGACAAGAAUAUUCUUAUGCAGGAGCUUGUUAGGUUGAGACAACAACAGCAGAACACAGAGCAUCAAUUGCAAAAUGUAGGGCAAAAAGUGCAGGUGAUGGAGCAGAGACAGCAACAGAUGAUGUCUUUUCUUGCCAAGGCCAUGCAAAGUCCUGGCUUCCUAAACCAGCUAGUGCAGCAGCAGAGUGAAAGUAACCGGCGGAUUGCUGGAGGCAAUAAAAAAAGGAGACUUCCCAGACAAGAUAAGGAAAAUCCCAGUGGCCAUGGUGUUGGCUGUCCUAAUGGACAGAUUAUUAAGUAUAAGCCUUCAAUUAAUGAGGCAGCAAAAGCAAUGCUGCAUCAAAUCUCGAAGUUGAACACAUCAGCUAGGCUGGAAUCAUCAGUGAACAACCCCGCAAGUUUUCUUAUCAAUGAUAUUCCUUCUUCUAGUGUGCUAGAAAAUGGGAGCUCCUUGAAUGGUGUUUCUGGAGUGACAUUAUCGGAGGUUCCACCAAUUUCUGCACAAUCUUUUAUGUCAACUGAAUCAAGAUUUCCUGCCAGUUGCAUAGCUACUUCAGUUUCUGAGUUGCAAUCCUCCCCUCAUAUGGUAACUGAUUCUCCCAAAGCAGGUCAAAUUCCUGAAAUGAAUGUCCAUCAUUCUCGAGACGAAAUAGUUCUGCCGGGUUCAACUCAGAUGCAAGAUAAUAUGCUGGGAACCACCAUUGGAGCCUCUGACACAAACUUCAUGGUGUCUGAGGCUGGGAAUCCAGAGUAUAUGGAUAGAAUUUCAGCUGUCUUGGAUGGAACAGAUGCUAUAGAAACUGAUUUUGUCUCUGAGGACCAUGAUCUGGCCAUCUUUCUUGAUGGGGCUACUCAGCUUCCUGGAAUCAAUGAUGCUUUCUGGGAGCAAUUUCUUGCAGCAAGCCCGUUACCUGUGGACACAGAUGAAAUUAGUCCUACAUCGUCGGAAAGUGUAACAAUGAAAUAUCAAUUGCAGUCAAGUGAGAAUGGAUGGGACAAGAUUCAACAUAUAAAUCAUCUGACUGACAAAAUGAGUCUUCUCACCUCAGAGUCUCAAAAAGGAUGAUUUCAUGUGUUAUUCCUUGCUGUUUGGAGAGGUUGAUUUCUAUGCUGUCAGGCAGAUAAAGCUUCGGUUAAACGUCAAGAUGCGGUGAGGAGUCUAGGAAAUCGUUUUUUUUUCACCCUUAUGUUCUGUACUUAUAUUCCAUGUUUAUGUCGUGAGAGAGAUUAAAAGGAUAAAACUUUCUGCUUGGUCUAAGAAUAUUAUGUAAGAAUGUAUCUCAGUAGCAAAGUGGGUGGCAACUCAUGGGCUAACAAAUGCUUGCAUGCUACUUAUUUGAGGCAUCCGUGUUUGUGCAUAACGUGUAAUUUGAGGCAUCCGUGUUUGCAUCCGUAUAUUGAUGAGACUGACUGAAGGAGAAUAUAAGAAGCUAUUAUAUUA